UACUUAUUAUAUUAUAUUUUAAAAAUGAAGAAGAAACAAUCAAAACGGAAACAAAGUAUGACUUUUAGUAUGUUGCCCCAUGGUAAGAUCUUCACAUAAAACUUAAAGAACAACACAUAGAACACAAAAUGGCAAAAAUCAAAAGGUUCAGAACUAGUACAUCGUACAACGAUUACAUAACGAUAAAAUGAAUAAGUUUUUUUAAAUAAUUAAAACCAUUUGAUCUUUGGUUGCACUAUUUACAGCAAAUUUCCUGUGAAUUUUAGUCAAUCAAAAUGCUCAUUUAAUGGGCUCAAUCAAAAGCUCAAUUUACCUGCUUUAUACCAUUAGAUAUUUUUUUUACCGUUUUUUGAUGUUUUGUGGUUGCAAGUGUUUGAAACGAGUUCGUUGAUUUGUUGAACUGAUUGGACUUAUUUUGUUUGUAAGUCGUUGGAUUUAGGUUAAAGAAAAAUCUUGUAGUUGUAAGAAUAAUUGAUGAUAUGAAUUGAAUGAUAGCCAUGGCCUAUUAUUUUUUUUACACUAGACUGCAAUUAAAUUGAUUCGUCAUCCUUUUUAUACGUCUGUGUUUUGCCAAAUAAACAAUCGUUAUAAAAGUUGGUGUUUAAUGAUCGUGUAGGUCCUAUAACAUAAAAAUCAACACUCUCUCACUCACACACAAACAAAGCUAAGAUUUGGCGAAAAAUGUAGCACAACUACAAGCUAUAGCGUUUGGAUGUCGGGAAUAUGUUGAGCCAUCGGUACUUGCUAACAUGCCACUUCCUGUACUAAAUACAUAGUCUUAUGUUUUUGUGAUUGAUUAAUUAUUUUAGGAUUCAAUUAAAGGAUUAUUUUACCAAUAUGUCAGAAUAGGAUGGCCUCAAACAUUCAAUAAUACCUCUUAUUGGUCCUGUAAAAGUUGCGGCUCGAAUGCUAGUCGGUGUUUAUAAAACAGUUAGGGACGUGCGUGUCUACACCUAUUCACAAUAUCUGUAUAUGUGUAGGUUGUGAUACUUAAGAUGGAGUGGAUGAUGAGCAAAGAUGUUUUCAAAGUAGCGAUUCCGUUUUAUUAUGAUUAUUUUAUGAUUAUUGCAUUAAUUAUGGACCUAUGGAAUAAUUACUUAAACGUUUUGUGGAAUGUUGUUAUAAGUGUAUCUUAAUGGCUUGAAAUAUCUGGGACUAUAAAUUUAUAUUGCACUCUUUUGUUUUAACAGUUGGUUUUAUUGCAUUGAAUGUCAUACGCGUGAUUAUAUUUGUCUGAGCGCCACAGGUGAUAGCGCAGAACGGAAGCAUGCGUUGUGGUGAUAUAGCAGCAUAAGUACACAGCUUUUAUUAAAUCAAAUAAUUUCACCUGUGAGAUCAGCAGCAGUCGAUUUUCGACCAUAAAAUAGCCGAGACUCGCAUGAAUAGUACAGUGUUUCAACAAAAGAUGUCGCGAGUUGUGCGCUGCUUUUGUUGUGUUGGUGUUAAAAUACGAUACACUGACUUGCGUAAAAGUGCUGCCCAUUCUUUUUGAAUGCUCACCAAUACCAGCAACAACUGUAUCAGUACAUUGCGUAUACGUACACGCCAUAAGCAAUCGAGAGUAAACAUACGCGAGAGCAAUCGGAAAAGGUUUUUUCUUGUGUUUAACAAUAGCAUAUGGGGUGCCCUACAGGAGAGAAUGCGAGAUAUAAGGUCGCUCUCUUUCAUGUAAACGGUGCUUCCACUCACUCUAACGUUGAUGUUCAGGUGUUCUUUCCUUGUCGAGCUAACAAGAAAUCUUUGGAUUGCGCAAGAGCGCCUUUAUUUAUCUCACACAGCAAAAGAAGCGCGUUUGCGGUGUGUUGUGCAAACACGCAAGUUCUAUGAUUUUGUUUUCAGUGUAAAGCUGAACUUCUUCAAGUAAAGACGAAAUUCGGGAAGUCGUAGCGCCACACACACUACGCAUACAUUAGCGUUCAACGAAGUGGGAGUGUAGGAAACGGAACGUGGCGAAGCAACGUGAACGAAAGCGUGGGGUGGUAGCGAGGGUGGAAUCAAACUAUGUGCAUCUGUUAACGCAGACGAGAAAGUUACUACAUGCUAAAAUCAGCACUAGUGGUGGAUAGAGAAGCUUGAAACAGAGUGUUGAAUUAUAAGUUUUGAUUGGGAAGCUUCCUUUGUUUUUGUUAAACAUGAAAUUGUGUGGUGUUAUCUGUGUGUUGCUCAAUAUUGUUGGUGAGGAUUUUUACUGAUGGUGUCCAAUUUAAUUUUUGGUUAAGUGAUACAUAAAUUAAAUUACAUAUGCUGUGAUACUUGCUAUUGUCGAAUUGUCUGAAAUUUCAUCAAAUAUUGAUUGGGAAAUCGUGUAGCUGAAAAAAUAACAUUGAUGCAUUAAUUUGAGCGAUUGCGAAGAAUAUUAUAGUGCUGCAUUAUUUGAAGUGCUUCAAAGUGUGUUUGUGUUGGCUUUUGGUUUUUAUAUUUUUUAUUGGUUGUACUGUUUUGUGAAAAAAUACAAAAAUUACUAUCACACUGCUGAAUCACCACUAUCCUCAUCACUCCUCUGACCUGGCGUGCGCAAUAUACCACGAUCCCCACGAUGUCACGGCAGGGUCGCACGCUGCUGCCGGGGCCUGGUGGGGGCAGCAUUCCCAUCCAAUGCAUGCGGUCGGAGCGGCUAUGUAUGGUGAGGAUACGACAGGGCAAACUGGUAUUGAUAGUCGCAGUCCUCCCGCCUCUAUGCACAACUCUUCAAACCACAAUAGUGCUGCCAGUCUUAUCGUACAACAACAGCAGCAACAACAGCAGCAACAACAGCAGCAAGUUGCAGCAGCUGCAGCCGCAGCAGCAGCGGCAGUGGCCCAACAACAGCAGGUGCAGGCUCAGUCUGCAGCACCUUCGCAAACACAGAAUACUUCUUCUUCGAACGCAUCCCAGCAGCAAAGUAGCGGAGGAGCAGUGGUAUCCCCAGCGACUCAAAUCGUUCCUCCAUCCGCUGCUAGUGAAUCACCGGGAAGCGUGAGUUCACAGCCAUCAGGUCCUAUCCAUAUACCAGCAAAACGUCCCGCGUUUGAUACAGAUACUCGGUUGAGGCAUUCAUAUCCCUGGGGCAACGACUCAGCGGCUGAUUACGCUUACCAUGCACAGUAUCCACCAUAUGCGUUGGCGACUGAUAUCAAACCAAUGUACUACCCUAGCUACCCAACUGAAGCCAAUUUUCAACCACACCCAUAUUAUCCUAAAUAUGAGCCAGAUGCCUAUAUUACAGCAUCGACUGAACGAUCACGUGGAGUCACAGGUGAUCAACCUUCUUUGCAGUCUAGCUACGAAUCAUACAACUCGUCUGGGUUGAGAUCGUAUUCAAGUGAAACAUAUCCUAAUCCUGGCUCCAGCUUAUCUGUUGGUGUCAGUGGUGUUGGUUCAUGCACACCUUCCAAUCCGCUUGAGUGGACAGGCAAUGUAACUGUGAGGAAGAAACGGAAGCCAUACUCUAAAUUCCAAACGUUGGAAUUGGAAAAAGAAUUCCUUUUCAAUGCAUACGUUUCAAAGCAGAAACGAUGGGAACUUGCUCGCAAUCUCAACCUUACUGAACGCCAGGUAAAGAUAUGGUUCCAAAAUCGGCGAAUGAAAAAUAAAAAAAACAGUCAGCGUCAAUCUGCGCAAGCAAAUAGUGGUAGUAGUAACAACAGUUCCAGUCAUAGCCAUUCCCAGGCGCAGCCUCAUCACAAUCCUCAUCAUAUAGGCCUAGGACUGGGAAUGUCAACACUACAUGGCUCUAAAAUGCAUCAGUGACCUUUCGAGCAACAACCACACCAAUCGAAAAUACACACACAGCAUAAUCAGCAAGAUUCUCAACAAACCUUUCAGCAACUUCAGUUGCAGCACCAACAUCAUUCAAAUUCGACAACAAUUCAUGACCAAGCACAGCAACAGACACAUUCACAUUCUCUGCAUUCUCACUUAAUUCAUCAACCAUCUUAUCAAUCCAACCCCCCAGAUAACCAGAUGAAACAGGAGCUUUGCGACACAAUUAAUGCGUCGAUGUGUAAUAAUUUUCCUCAUGCACCACCCAUAAACUAUCGACAGCAACAAUGAUUUAAAAUUUUAAACCAAUUCGCCACAUAUGAUAAUUCGGUAGUAGAAGAUGAUGUGCCGCUAUGGCAAAGUUAAUACGUAAAUGAAUCGAGUUUGAAAGAAGUGAGAAUAGAAGGACACAGGUAUAUUGAAAAGCCGAUCGCCAACAAUAUCCAGAUAUUGCAUAAAAAAGCAAGGAAACUCUGCGAACUAUGUAAAGGAAUCCACCGAAUAUAGAGCGACAGCGUAAGUUGCGUUUGCGAGGAGUAUUCUGGAAAAUCUGAAGUGUUGUUGGGACAGGUGUAAAUAAAUCUUAGGUAUGUAAGCUAUCCAGCCAGUGAGAAAUGUCCAAAAUUAAGACCGAGAGUGGGUUAUUUAAGCUAAGGGUUAAGGGAAAACGAAACUUUCAACGAAUCAUAAAUAACAGCACGAGGCAAUAUGAAGGGACAAGCGGAGCAACAGUCCAAUUAGGAAACUGUUUCGAGCAAUCAUAAUGUAGCCCUGUUGCUCGUGUCGGCGUAUGAAGUAAAUGAAGAGAGUAGUUGAAACAGGUAGUUCAUAAAGUAAUAUAAAUAUUUAAAAUCAAA